UCAACAUCAACUCGAGAUGAUUAAUUAGAUUGUAAUCAAAUGAGCCAUCGAUCAUUAAUCCAAUUAUGUUACAAACAUGUAAAUAAAGUUCAGUUCAAUUCAAUUUCUUAAACCAUGAAAAUCACCAAAUCAACAAAGGUCAAGUUAUUGAUUUUAGUGUUAAUUGUGAUCAUUAUGGUCUAUUAUACUGUUGAAUCGGUGGUCGAACUGAAUUAUGAUUACAAUUUAUUCAACAUCGCUUACGAAACUUCAUACAACGAUUCAGAUAAAUUUGAACCUCCCUGUAUUGCGAUAUGUUUCAGCGUAACGGAGAUACUGAACUUUACCUUGUUGUUGAGCAGUUAUCCAGAGAUCAAGCGACAAGCUGAAAAGUUAAUGGAUAUCAACGAUCGAUUUACAAACUGUACAGCCGAACAAGUAUUGGAAGAUCAGGACGAAGGGCAAAAGUUGAUCUUUGAACAUUUAACUUUGAUCCAAAUCGAUAAGAUGUUGAUUCCCAUGGAAAAGUUAUUCUCCUGGUGCUAUUAUCUUGACCAAUCGAUGGCACAAGCCAAAUGUGAUUAUGGUCACGCACGAAAAUACUUCUAUGACCACGCAGUUUGUCAAAGUUUCCAAUUUUGGCCUCGAAUCGGGAUAACUUUCAAUCGUUCCGAUCUAAUUAUUCCUGGUUAUCGAAGUUUACGGUUACUUAAUGUUGGCCUAGAUUUUAGAAAUCAGUGGGCAGUUAAUCAAUUAAGGGUUACUGCUCAUCGACUUAACAAAGUACCUUGGAGUCAAGGGGAAUCGACCAUUGAAGUUCCGGUCAAAUCUUCGCACGAAAUCGCUUAUGGACUCUCUUUUCAGGAAAAAACUGUUCGAUUAUUGCCCCCACCUUACAUUAGUAAUUGUAAAAUACCAUCAAAACCUUAUACUUCCGUGGGCCAUUGUUUGAGUCGCUGUUUCAUGUCCAGUUUUACCAAAAUUACAGGUCGAUUUCCGCACCACUACGUAGUCAACAAACCAAAUGACCUUAGAUUUCUGGAAGGCGACGGACUCGCACAAUACCAUGAACUGGUCACUCAGUUGUACUCACCUUGUAACAAAAUCUGUGGUCAGGUUGAUUGUGUGGUCGAUACCUUCGAAUGGCGUAAAGUUGGUAGGCCAAUUUAUAAUCUUCAAUCAGGGUCGAAAUCGUUAGUUCUUCAUUUCCAUCCUCCUUCUAAAUUACCGUUAAUCAAACAAGCAAAACCUCAGAUCAAUUGGUUAAACUACUUUUCCUCAGUGGGAAGUGUAAUUAGCCUUUAUUUUGGUUUAUCCACUUUAUCACUAAUCGAUUGGCUAAUUAACAACAAUCAACUACAAAUUGUUACUUUUAUUCGCAAAUUGUUGUCAUCAGAUAAUCAAGUUAAACCUUUGAACGUUGAAAUUUUAACUUUCCAACGGAUCGAUUUAAAACCGAAACAUUAUUUAACUGAAGUUAAUUCAACAAUUGAUUCGGCGAUUGUUAAUCAAUAUGAUACAAAAUUUUCAUCUUUCAAUGAUUAAUCAAUGAAUUGGAUAAUGUAACAUUUUUAAUUUAUUUCUUUAACUCUGAAGUCCCUUUACC